AGGUGGCAUUUAUGCUGAUUAAGAAGUUCACAACAAGUACAAUAUUAUAAAUAGCUAGUCUGUCAUCAUUCUCAUCCUAAUCCUUGACAAAGCUUGAAACAAACCACUGCCACUAAAACCUUACCACCACUCCAACCAUAUAUAAAAUGUCCGAGCCAGGCCAUGUUCGUAAAACCUCAUCAUCAUGGCUCUUAACACCACUUUUCGCCAUAGUUCUACCGGUUGCAGCGGCGGCCGCGGUUCUGUUCUGGCUCGACCCGUUCGAACCGGUUCAAAUCCCGGUUCACAGUACGAGUCGAUCCGCGUUGGCGGCCGCCGGCACCAUACGUAACGACCACAUGCUGCGAGGAUCCGAUAAAGUGGGGGAGGGACACAUGAUGGGACCGGAAGACUUGGUCUACGACGCCGCAACGGGCGUGGUAUACACAGGGUGUGUGGAUGGGUGGAUUAAGCGAGUCAGAUUGAAUGACUCGGUGGUUGAGGACUGGGUCAACACCGGAGGAAGACCACUUGGGCUGGCUUUUGAUCAGAAUGGAGAUCUCAUUGUUGCCGACGCUGAUAAGGGUCUUCUGAGAGUGACAAGGCAAAAGGAGAUUGAGGUGCUGGUAGUUGAGAAUGAGGGUUCAAAAUUCAGACUAACUGAUGGUGUUGAUGUAGCACAUGAUGGUACUAUUUAUUUCACCGACGCUUCAUCCAAAUACUCCAUUAAGGACUCCAUAUUAGACAUAUUGGAAGGUAACCCUAAUGGUAGGUUCAUGAGCUAUGAUCCAACAACGAAAAGAACAACCCUACUUGCCCAUGACCUCUACUUUCCCAAUGGAGUCGCUGUUUCACCAGAUCAACAUUUUGUGGUCUUCUGUGAAACUGCCCUGGUGAAGUGCAUGAAAUAUUUCAUACGAGGCCCUAAGAAAGGAAGCAUGGAAAAGUUUUGUGACUUGCCUGGCUUACCUGAUAACAUUCAUUACGAUGGACAAGGACAGUAUUGGAUUGGAAUAGCCACGGCCUUUGGCACUGAUUUGGAUGUAUUAUUUAGAUACCCUUUCUUGAGGAAGGUUUUAGCAAUAGUUACAAAGCAUGUACCGAGUCUAAGUGUGGUGAAGAACGGUGGAGUUCUGGCUGUGGAUUUGGAAGGCAAGCCAACUGCAUACUAUUAUGAUCCCAAAUUAACAUUGACUUCUGGGAUCAAAAUAGGGAACCGUCUAUAUUGCGGUUCAAUUAUCUACCCCUUUCUAUUACGUCUUGAUACAGAGCAAUAUCCUGCUCUCCCCGCAAUAUGAACAUGUAAUUGAGAACAUCUCAUACAAUUGUAGCAAAUAUUUUUAGUGUCAUGUGGGUGGCAUAAAUUGGGAUUCAUGCCAAAAUUUCAUACAUCACUCAGCUAUAUUUAGUUUACCAUAAUAAAAAUCGGAAUUUCAAGUCGAA